AUGGAAGAAGGAACCGUUGCCAUCACGCCCUCGGUGCCUCCUCCGCUCCCCUACUCCCUCCACACCCGCAAGAAGGCCAUUGCUUUCUUCUGGAUCCUCUUUGUCGUCGAUACCUUGGGUCAGCCAUUGAUACUGUAUUGGACGCUGUGGUACCUCACGGAUCUGUCGCACAACUUGGUAUUCUCUAUUAUCACCGCAUGCUUGGGCGGAAUUUCAGUCUUCGAGUACUUCUAUCGCCUCCAUAAUCUCUUCCGCAAACACUCGCGCACCCGGCCGUUGAACGCUCGCAAAUCAUGGCUGGACUUCUUCCACAUCAACUUUACAAUUGUCUGGCUGAUCCUGGCGGUGGAACUCAUUGUUGGAACGGUUCCUGCUGAACCUUAUGUACGCCUUGUCGCGAUGGUCCUCCCGACGGUAAUGUUCUACUUUGGCAUCGUACACCUGUCCCUCGAUAUUCUCCGCAUGUGCGGCUUCAAGGCACCCUUCCGAAUCUCGUCUACACCCAAAGGAUCCACCAUGCCAACCGCAUUAUACGCACUCAUCGAAGACGUGGUGGCCGUGGACGGAGGCGGCGGCCAAAUGUACCGGUACGCGCUCCGAACACGAUACCUCUCGAGCCCCUAUUUCCGACGGAUGCUGUUCGAGAUGAAUUGUUUCUGGAGCGGAGGCUCGAUCAUCUGCGCCGCCGCCAUCACUGCGGUCGUCUUUACUGUCUCGGAACCAGUCGCGUAUACACUGGGCUGGAGCCUUCCGUUCGCUUGGGCCGGCAUCUGGACUUUAAUUACUAUCCCCUGGGUCCAAAGUGAUCUGCGCAGAGAGAAAAAGGCCUGGGCCGAGGGCCGCGUACAGGGCGGGAUUCCCUGGACGGACGACAUUGCCGCGCCCACAGCCCGCACUCGCUUUGCUUCCGUUCAGGCUAACCUGCUGCCCUGGACGCGCGAGAAGCAAAGCGCUCCGUCGACCCCAUCUGCGGAUGGCGCUGGCAGCACAGCAGCUACGGGAAACCCUGAGAACAUGCCAGAUGGAGUUCCUGAUGUUGUUCCUGAUGGUGUUCCUGGUGUUAUUCCUGAUGUUGUUCCUGAUGUUGUGCCUGAUGUUGUGCCUGAUGUUGUUCCUGGUGGCGUCCCCGAUGGAACACCGUCUGGAAACCACUCCAUUACCCACUGA